AUUGUGGGCCUUGACAAUAUGGCGUCCUCCUUGAUGUGCUGAUGAGAAGAGUUUCAGUGCAGCUCCAAGCCAGAGGGCAGAACUCCCCUAACCUUGUAAGCCCACGUUAUCCGUUUUCUCCGCGGGCUGUGUGGCUGUUUUUCCGGACUCAUUCUGAGGUAGGAGACAACAACGGACCGAAGGGCAGAACCAGCCAGGCCGCGCGGACCCGGGGCUGAGGAACCGGCUGCGGGCGAGCACGAUGGGCCGAUCCUGGCUCUGGUUGCAGCAGCUCAGGCGAGUGCGAGACCCGCAGGGCUGAGAGUGGCUGGAUAAGACCCGAGACGCUCUGAACCUAUUUUCGUCGUCCGGAGACCUCAGCCCAGUUGUCCCAGUUGUGGAACCAGAACCAAGAGCGGGAGGCCUGCCUGUCCCGGAUCUGUUGAGUGGUUGGACGCCGAAAGCAGGGUCAUCGUGAGGCCUGAAGUCGUUCACGCCUUUGACAGCUCCGAUCGCAGCCCCUUCUGAAACAUACAGCCUCAGAAGCAGGCAGUGGCUUGGGAAUCAGUGGGUGUGUGUCUGCGUGGAGCUUCUUGGGCUGCCCGGUUUCCCAGCUGCUCUCCCAACCCCCGGACUUUCCGCGCAGAGUUAGAGAUAAGGAUCUUAGACUUUUGGCCGAGUAAGGAUCUCCGUACGCUCUUCAUCCAUUUCUUCUUCUUCUAAUUUUUUUUUUUGGACUAUUCUUUUUGCUAUUUUUUAUUUCACUAAUUCUGGUACACACUAGUUUUUAAGGCUGGAGGUUCUCGAGCGCUUGCUGCCAAGGACUCCCCCACCCCCACCCCCGCUGAUGGAGUCCGAAAUGCUGCAGUCGCCUCUUCUGGGACUCGGGGAAGAAGAUGAAGCGGACCUUACAGACUGGAACCUGCCUUUGGCUUUUAUGAAAAAGAGGCACUGUGAGAAAAUUGAAGGCUCCAAAUCCUUAGCUCAGAGCUGGAGAAUGAAGGAUCGGAUGAAGACAGUCAGUGUUGCUUUAGUUUUGUGUCUGAAUGUCGGUGUGGAUCCUCCAGAUGUGGUGAAGACCACCCCCUGUGCACGCUUGGAGUGCUGGAUAGAUCCUCUGUCCAUGGGUCCUCAGAAAGCUCUGGAAACCAUCGGUGCGAAUUUGCAGAAGCAAUACGAGAACUGGCAGCCUCGGGCCCGGUACAAGCAGAGCCUCGACCCCACCGUGGACGAGGUCAAGAAGCUGUGCACGUCCCUACGCCGUAAUGCCAAGGAGGAGCGGGUCCUCUUCCACUACAAUGGCCACGGCGUGCCCCGGCCCACAGCCAACGGAGAAGUCUGGGUCUUCAACAAGAACUAUACUCAGUACAUCCCACUGUCCAUCUACGACCUGCAGACGUGGAUGGGCAGUCCGUCCAUAUUCGUGUACGACUGCUCCAAUGCCGGCCUGAUCGUCAAGUCCUUCAAACAGUUCGCGCUCCAGCGGGAGCAGGAGCUGGAGGUGGCGGCAAUUAACCCAAACCACCCACUUGCCCAGAUGCCUUUGCCACCGUCCAUGAAAAACUGUAUCCAGCUGGCAGCCUGUGCCGCCCACGAGCUCCUGCCCAUGGUCCCUGACCUGCCGGCCGACCUGUUCACGUCCUGCCUCACCACCCCCAUCAAGAUCGCCCUGCGCUGGUUUUGCAUGCAGAAAUGUGUGAGUCUGGUGCCUGGAGUCACACUGGAUUUGAUAGAAAAAAUUCCUGGUCGUCUGAAUGAUAGGAGGACUCCUCUGGGCGAGUUGAACUGGAUCUUUACAGCCAUCACUGACACCAUUGCGUGGAACGUGCUCCCUCGGGAUCUCUUCCAAAAGCUCUUCAGACAGGACCUGUUGGUGGCUAGUCUCUUUCGGAAUUUUUUGCUGGCAGAAAGGAUUAUGAGGUCAUACAACUGUACUCCAGUCAGCAGCCCACGGCUGCCCCCAACUUACAUGCAUGCAAUGUGGCAAGCCUGGGACCUCGCUGUGGACAUCUGCCUGUCUCAGCUGCCGACCAUCAUCGAGGAGGGCACUGCGUUCAGGCACAGCCCGUUCUUCGCAGAGCAGCUGACGGCAUUCCAGGUGUGGCUCACCAUGGGUGUGGAGAACCGGAACCCCCCCGAGCAGCUGCCCAUCGUCUUGCAGGUGCUGUUGAGCCAAGUGCACCGGCUGAGAGCUUUGGACUUGCUGGGAAGAUUUUUGGACCUGGGUCCCUGGGCAGUGAGCCUGGCCUUGUCUGUCGGCAUCUUCCCCUACGUGCUCAAGCUGCUCCAGAGCUCGGCCCGGGAGCUCAGGCCACUUCUUGUUUUCAUCUGGGCAAAGAUCCUUGCUGUGGACAGCUCGUGCCAGGCUGACCUCGUCAAGGACAACGGUCACAAGUACUUCCUCUCCGUCUUGGCGGACCCCUACAUGCCAGCUGAGCACAGGACCAUGACGGCCUUCAUCCUUGCCGUGAUCGUCAACAGCUACAACACAGGGCAGGAAGCCUGCCUGCAGGGAAACCUGAUCGCCAUCUGCCUGGAGCAGCUCAAUGACCCGCAUCCCUUGCUGCGACAGUGGGUGGCCAUCUGCUUGGGGCGGAUAUGGCAGAACUUCGACUCCGCGCGGUGGUGUGGUGUGAGGGACAGUGCCCACGAGAAGCUUUACAGCCUACUCUCCGACCCCAUUCCUGAGGUCCGCUGUGCAGCAGUCUUUGCCCUUGGCACGUUUGUGGGCAACUCUGCAGAGAGGACGGACCACUCUACCACCAUCGACCACAACGUGGCUAUGAUGCUGGCCCAGCUGGUCAACGACGGGAGCCCCGUGGUCCGGAAGGAGCUGGUGGUGGCCCUGAGUCAUCUUGUCGUCCAGUAUGAAAGCAAUUUCUGCACUGUGGCCUUGCAGUUCAUGGAGGAGGAAAAGAACUACCCGCUGCCCUCGCCUGCGGCCACAGAGGGUGGGAGUUUGACCCCAGUGCGAGAUAGCCCAUGCACCCCCAGACUGCGCUCUGUGAGUUCCUAUGGAAACAUCCGUGCCGUCACCACUGCCAGAAACCUGAACAAGUCUCUACAGAACCUGAGUUUGACAGAAGAAUCUGGCAGCUCGGUGGCCUUCUCCCCCGGAAACCUCAGCACCAGCAGCAGUGCCAGCAGCACCCUGGGCAGCCCCGAGAACGAGGAGUACAUCCUGUCCUUCGAGACCAUCGACAAGAUGCGCCGUGUCAGUUCCUACUCCUCCCUCAACUCCCUCAUCGGUGUUUCUUUUAACAGCGUUUACACUCAGAUUUGGCGAGUCCUACUGCACCUGGCAGCCGACCCCUACCCAGAUGUCUCCGACCUGGCUAUGAAAGUCCUCAACUGCAUUGCCUACAAGGCCACAGUGAACGCCCGGCCCCAGCGCAUCCUAGACACAUCCUCUCUCACGCAGUCGGCCCCUGCGAGCCCCACCAACAAGGGCACGCACAUUCACCAGGUGGGAGGCUCCCCGCCGACGACCAGCACAAGCAGCUCCAGCCUGACCAACGACAUGUCUAAGCAGCCAGUUAGCCGAGACCUGCCUUCGGGCCGGCCGGGCGCCACAGGCCCUGUGGGGGCACAGUACACCCCUCACUCACACCAGUUCCCCCGGACACGGAAGAUGUUUGACAAAGGCCCAGAGCAGACCACAGACGAUGGGGAUGAUGCCACUGGACACAAGAGUUUCAUCUCCGCAACGGUGCAGACAGGAUUCUGUGACUGGAGUGCGCGGUAUUUCGCCCAGCCCGUCAUGAAGAUCCCGGAAGAACAUGACCUUGAGAGUCAGAUCCGCAAGGAGCGGGAGUGGCGCUUUCUACGGAACAGCCGCGUCAGGAAGCAAGCCCAGCAGGUCAUCCAGAAAGGUAUCACAAGACUGGACGACCAGAUAUUUCUGAACAGGAACCCUGGUGUCCCUUCCGUGGUCAAAUUUCAUCCCUUCACUCCGUGUAUAGCCGUAGCUGACAAGGACAGCAUCUGUUUUUGGGACUGGGAGAAAGGGGAGAAGCUGGACUAUUUCCACAAUGGCAACCCUCGGUACACACGGGUCACUGCCAUGGAGUACCUAAAUGGCCAGGACUGCUCACUGCUGCUCACAGCCACAGAUGAUGGUGCCAUCAGGGUCUGGAAGAACUUUGCUGACUUGGAAAAGAACCCAGAGAUGGUAACAGCAUGGCAGGGGCUCUCAGACAUGCUGCCCACAACGAGAGGAGCAGGGAUGGUGGUGGACUGGGAGCAAGAGACUGGCCUCCUUAUGAGCUCGGGGGAUGUGCGGAUCGUCCGGAUCUGGGACACAGACCGUGAGAUGAAGGUGCAGGACAUCCCCACGGGUGCAGACAGCUGUGUGACAAGUCUGUCCUGUGACUCCCACCGCUCACUCAUCGUGGCUGGCCUCGGCGAUGGCUCCAUCCGUGUCUACGACCGAAGGAUGGCACUUAGUGAAUGCCGCGUCAUGACGUACCGGGAGCACACGGCCUGGGUGGUGAAGGCCUACCUGCAGAAACACCCCGAGGGCCAUAUCAUGAGUGUCAGCGUCAAUGGAGAUGUGCGUAUCUUCGACCCACGGAUGCCCGAGUCUGUGAAUGUCCUUCAGAUCGUGAAGGGGCUGACGGCCCUGGACAUCCACCCCCAGGCAAACCUGAUUGCAUGUGGCUCCGUGAACCAGUUCACCGCCAUCUACAGUGGCAGCGGGGAGCUCAUCAACAACAUCAAAUACUAUGACGGCUUCAUGGGACAGCGUGUCGGCGCCAUCAGCUGCCUGGCCUUCCACCCGCACUGGCCCCAUCUGGCGGUGGGAAGCAACGAUUACUACAUCUCCGUGUACUCGGUGGAGAAGCGCGUCAGAUAGCGGCACCGCUGAGGGCCCUGCCGCCGGGGCCCUGCCAGCUGUAGCCGCUGGAUGUACAUAGUCAACCUGCACACGUCUGAGUGCAUAGCGUCGGCUCUGCUGCUCCCGCCUCAGCUGCUGAGGACUGGAGGGGCCUCACGCUUGCUUUGUGUCUUUGCUGUAAUACCUAGAAAGGCGGGGGAGGGGAGGGCUUCGGUUGAACAGUCCAGGUGCCAGGGACUCGGCCACAGUGCCGCACACUUGCUCUCCUGAUCUGUUUUUUCUUGGGGUUUUUAAAGGAGGAGACACACUCGUUUUUAUUUUCCACAUAAUCAGAGCAUUAGAUACAGAAAAGCUCCAAGAUGGAACGUUGGUGGAGAAGCUCCACGGGUCCCCAGGGUGGCCACCCCAUCUGGCCAAAAGCAGGGGAGUAGUGCAGCCCACCCAGACCACUGUCCGGAUCUCAGUGUGUGCUGGAGAGCGGUACCGUUCCCACACAGGAGCCACAGAAGGGCAAGACAGAGACGUCCCCCAAAGCUGGCAAGUGUAGAAGGAAGUGACCCAGGGCCCCUCAGCUGGCCAUCCUUGUCCAUGAGGUGCCACCCCACACAGCCCACCCCCCGCACCCUUGGCUGUCGAGGUCCAAUCUCAGUCCCUCUCCUGGCAUGAGUGGGAACAGGCUCUGGCUAUGGGCAGCUGCAGUGGGUCGUUAGCAGUUUAGCCACUGCCUGGACGUCCACUCCAGGGCUUGCCUCCCCAUGCCUUGCCACAUCCCCCCACCCCAGGUCCCAUGGCCCCACACGGGCACAUGCAUGUGCAGGCACCAUGGUCUGCACACAGGCUCAUGUGCAGGCCUCCCCACACUGCACACGUGCACAUAUGGAGCCCUCUGCAACCCCACAAGUCUGUGGGUAAAUGGCAGCCCCGUCCCCGCCCUUUGUCCCACACGCUGGUGCGGCCAUGGUUUGCAUCUUGUGGCUGUAACACAGGAGUUCCUUAGCUGUGGCUGCAGCGUGUCAGUGCAUGUGCACUUGUGAGGAUGUGGGCAAGACGGGCAGCCCUGUGGCCAGUCUGGCCCCAGGAAAGGCCUCAGAAAGGCAUCAAGCAAUUGCAAACAAACAGAACACAACCACAAUGAUGGGAUUUUGAAAAGUUUUGUUUCCAUUUUCCUUGGGAAUCAGGAGUAUUCGGAGAGAGGAAGGAGGAGGCUUGUUAAUCUGUUGACUGGGCAGUCGUGGCGGGAAUGCAAGCAGGAGGCGCUGCCGGUCCCGAGCAUCCUGGUGGCCGGAGCCUGCUAGAGCUGGACCACUGGGACUCGCAGGUGGAGGAGGUGACCCUCCUGCUCCCCAGGAAGUGGGGCACCCUUCAGAGGGUUCCGGCAUGAAGUCCUGUCCCAUGUCUGGGGUGUGCAGGCAGCCUGAGGUCGGGAAGUCUGAGGAAGUCCAGGGUGGCAACAUGCCAGAAGUCUAGAAGCCGAGCUCCACCACAGACCUGAGGGGUCUGAUCCGCCAUGGCUGAUGCUGUGGUUCAACUCAGUUCUAACCUGACACACGUUUCUGUUUGGAGACAAAACCACCACUUGGUGAAGUGCAGAUGGCUGCAGCGGGGCAAGGCCCCUCCGCACCCCCCACGCCGAGGGCCAUGUCCUCCCAGGUCUGAUGCGAAACCCAAUCAUGAAGUUACCCAGGGCUCAGAGAGCACCGACUAAAGGUUCCUUUAUCUCUAUUUAUUUUACCAGAAUGAGAAUUGAAAAGACUUUGACAGCACAUGGAAUUGUGAUGUGAAACCGAGAGCAAUGGCAAACAGUAAACUGUUAAUAAAACGUGAACAAGUGCAGAAGUGGCUGGCUGGUGGCUU